AUGAAGACCACAAACACCAUCACGAACAUCAUCAGGAUGAUGGUGACCACAAUGACCACGACCAUGACCACAAAGUCGGAGAUGAUGAUGAUCAUCAUCAUCAUGAUCAUGAUAGUCACACUCCAUGAACACAGUCAAUCGCUGUACCACAAUGCCGCUAUCAUCACAGACUCUGCAAACUGUUCCAGUAUUGGUAAGGAGCUUCUUCAAGACGGAGGGAAUGUAGUCGAUGCAGGGAUUGCUGCUUUACUCUGCCUAGGAGUUGUUCAUCCACACACCGCUGGAUUAGGUGGAGUGUUUUCUGCAAUUUUGUACAAUCACACAACGAGAUCAUUUAAAGCGAUAAACGACACUUCUCAGAAUCGGCCUACAUAUGGCGCACCCUCAUUAUUGCGGGGUCUUCGACUGCUGCAUUCCAAAUAUGGGCAAUUAGAAUGGAGUCGACUUUUUGAGGGCGCCACGAAACUCGCUAAAGAGGGUUUCCUUAUCGAUCGAAUCCUCUCCAGGGCUUUAGAAACCCACAAGGACAAAAUACUCCAGUCGAGACUGUGCGAUGUGUUCUGCGAUACUAGCGGCCGUGUGAAAUCAGAGGGCGAGCAUGUCGCCAACGGGCAUCUAUCAGAACUUUUGCUGAGCGUCAGCCUAAAUAGCUCCCAUUUCCCGGAAAACCUGGCCGUAAAAUUGGCUCAAGACAUUUCUGAAGCAGAGAGAGGUCCUUUCCUUGCUGCCGCUCAGGCCAGCGGCGGAGAAAUCAGUGAGCCCCUUAUCGUGAAAGAGGAGAAAUGCAGCGUUCUUUCAGCCCCCAACCAGCUCACAGGUAGAAUGGUGUACAAUAUAUUACAUAGAGUCCGAGAGCAAAACCUCACUUUUCCGAGCCACAGAGAUCACGAUAAUGCCUUUGCCUCUUAUAAUGCCCUCUUAAAUUUGGCGAAUGAAUUCUUCAACACAAGUCAGAGAGACAUGUUCACAUUAAACACAGCAAGCAGUCAUGUAGGAAUUCUUGAUAGCCACGGCGACUUCAUGGUAAUCUCCACCUCGCUCAAUAGCACAUGGGGAUCCGGGAAAUACUUACCAAGCAGCGGAGUGAUUCUCAAUGACUUUACCUCAGACAUCACUCAGCCUUACUUUAGUUUUCCUCUAGUGCUAAGUAUAAGUCAAGAUGAGGUGGAUGAUCCGGAGGAGAAGCAGUUUGUUGCCGUGACCGGAGGGCUUUCUGCCCUGCUUCAUUCUGUGGUUAUGCUGAGAAACGUGGCCGACGCGGGACUGCCUGCCCACGAGACUGUGAGCGGCCCUCUUCUCCAUAUAGAGCAGGGGGGUUCCAGGUCUCUGUCUGGCUGUAUAUCUGGUGUCACAAACAACACUGUCUUCCGGUUGUUUUCAGAGGAGAUAAGCCUGUAGGAAGUUGGCGAGUGUUCAGAUUGCUUUUUGUCCAUGAUUCUGCGACUGAAGGCAGAACAUGUAGGAGCCUAUGGAGCUCCAGCUAUUGAGGUCCAUGCUGACGGAUACUAAUGUAAAGAAGGAUCUGGAUAGUAAUGACAUAUCAUGUAAAAAAA